AUGAUGUCAUUUCGGGGUAGAUAUGCAACUUAUCCCAGCCUAGAGGGCCGGGUUGUGGUGAUCUCGGGUGGUGCGAUGGGCAUUGGCGCUUCCAUGGUCGAGCACUUUGCCAUGCAAGGAUCGCAAGUCAUUUUCCUUGACAUUGCAGCUCAAGCCGCGACCGACCUCAUCCAGCGAGUCCUCGGUCUUGGAGCACCUCACCGGCCGGCGUUUUAUCAGUGCGAUCUCACAGAUAUUGAUGGUGCUCUGAAACCAGUGGCUGCCAAGAUCCUCGCUGACCACCCUAAGGUCGAUGGUUUGAUCAACAACGCCGCAGGAACUGCUAAGGGAGAGAAAAAGCCAACCAUGGAUAUCACUCCAGAGGACUGGGAGGCGAGUUUCAACGUGAAUUUGCGCCAUCAAUUCUUCCUCACGCAGGCGCUGAUGCCUGGCCUUCUGGCCACGGGAGCGGCGUCGGUGGUCAACAUGGGCAGCAUCUCGUGGGCAAUUCCAGCGACAGGCGCACUCGCUUACACCACAUGUAAAGCUGCAGUUGUAGGGCUGACGAGGACCUUAGCGCAUGAAUUUGGUCCUGAAGGAGUCAGAGUCAACAGUAUAAUGCCCGGAUCUAUCGCCACAGAGAGGGAGAAGCGAGAUGUGCACACGCCAGAGUAUAAGGCUCUUGUACUUGGCCGCCAAGCUAUCAAACGACUGCUCCAGCCUGAUGAUAUCGCUAGAACGGCCCUAUGGCUCAUUGCUGACGAUAGUGGGGGGUUUACUAACCAGAGCAUUGUGGUUGAUGGCGGCUGGAUUUGA